UUAAUUUUUAGUGUUCAAUAAAAAAAAGUGAUUAAAAAUUUUGUUAUUAUUAUUGAAAAUCAUUGUCUUUAUCGAUAUAUAUAUCAUAUAUACAUAGAUAUAGUUAGUUAUAGGAAAAGAUUUAUAAUAAAAAAAUUGUUAUCAAUUUGUGUCCAAUCGAUCGGAUAGGAUGACCAAAACCAGAGACAUGUCCCGUAAUAAUCACGAAAAUCAAAACUUUAGCCAAACAUAUAAAUUGGUGGUCGUCGGCGGCGGCGGUGUCGGCAAGUCUGCACUUACCAUACAAUUCAUACAAUCAUAUUUCGUCACUGAUUACGACCCGACUAUAGAGGACUCGUAUACCAAACAAUGUGUCAUCGAUGAUGUUGUCGCCCGAUUGGACAUUUUGGAUACGGCCGGUCAGGAAGAGUUCAGUGCAAUGAGAGAGCAAUACAUGCGAUCCGGAGAAGGAUUUUUAUUAGUCUUUUCAUUGACCGAUCGGAACAGUUAUGAAGAGAUCUAUAAGUUUCACAAACAGAUACUUCGGGUCAAAGAUCGCGAUGAGUUUCCAAUGAUAUUAGUGGCAAAUAAGUGUGAUCUCGAACAUCAACGAGUCAUAUCGCAAUCAGAAGUCCAACAAUUGGGCCAAAUGCUGAAGAUUCCAUACCUCGAGUGUAGCGCUAAGUUAAGGAUGAAUGUCGACGUAGCCUUCCAUGACUUGGUUAGACUCGUUAGAAAAUUCCAACAAUUAGAGCGCCCACCGAUCAGACCAAUUAAGAACCAAAAGUCUAAGAAAAAAUGUCAAAUUCUAUAAUUACAUAUCUCUUAAAACUUUUUAAUUUUAAU